CUUAUUUGAGAUUCCUUUUGUUCCAACGUAAUGAUGAUAGAGUAUAAGCCGUGACCAUGAGAGCAUAUGGUACGCCACCGCUUCCUUGGCGCCGGGUAAUCUGACAAAGAUAGAUCUACGAUCGAUCAAUGUUUAAUGAUGGGCCUGACUGACUUUUGUCGUCUCUUAAACUCACUUCAUUCCUGACAUCUCUCUCUCAAGACAAAUUUCACGACAAUGAAGAAGGUGCUCGGAUACUUCCAACCGCCACCACCGCCGCCGCCUAGCGCUGGAAGUGCUCGACUAACCAGCACCGUCUCCGAUGUCUACGAAUGUGGCCCUAAUGUCAUAUACGACAGCAGAAAAGACACCACCCGUCGCAUCAACUUCGGCAACCUCGUCAGUGUAUUUGGCUACCCAUCCCGUGGCGGCGUCGUCAUACUAGAGGAUACGUCGCCCGCGGACUUUGACUUCCUGGAUCUGAACCGGGCAGAUCCUCCCAUGACCAGGCAUGAGGAUCCCGCCGACGAAGAUGCAUUCUGCCAGCGGCUGCUACUGCUCGGCGCAAAGUGGUGGGACUCGCUGGCACGCUACCACCUGCUGAACGGCGAGGACGUGGACGUCCACGAGCUGGACGAGAGCGACGAGCCAGAGCCGACGCAGCGAGAGCGGCACUGGGUCAGCGUGGCGUGGCCGAGCGGCGGGGGAGGCCUCGUGGUCGCCGAGUUCGACACAAACAUGUGGAAUCCGCCGAUCGAGAAAGAGCUUGUUCCGAUGGAUGUUGCGAGGUUGCGGCUGUGCACGAGCAUGGAUGAGAAGGCGCGGAUGCUAAGAGACAGAUUUGGAGGGAGGGAUUGGGGAAGGGUGGAAGAUUAUCGCGGGAAUGCGUUUAUGGGAUGUUGGGCUGAGAAGGAGUCUGGGGAAGUGGGUGAGUUGCAGAAGACGUGGUCGUAGAUUUGGAAUCUUGGUUGGCCCGAUUCAGAGGAGGCAUGUUGUUGCGCAAGGGUCUAAUUGGAGUGAGAUGGAGGUGUUGGCCAUGAGUGAACCCUGUUCACGAUCAUGCUUUUCGUACAAUAUAAUAAUUCCCCGCAAGCAAGCUGUCCAACUUUUUUAAGACAAUGCAACUAUCUAUUGUCUACCAACAUGGUGGAUUGGAUACCCAGAAUGUACUCGGCCC